AAAAUGGUGCAGAAGUAUCAGUCGCCUGUUCGAGUCUACAAGUACCCUUUUGAGCUUGUCAUGGCGGCUUAUGAAAAACGGUUUCCCACCUGCCCAGAGAUCCCUGUGUUCCUGGGUAGCGAGAUCCUUCAUGAAUCCAGGAGUGAUGAUGGAGCCAUUCAUAUCAUCGAAAGAAGCUGCAAACUGAAUGUAGAUGCCCCCCGGCUACUGAAGAAGAUUGCUGGUGUAGAAUUUGUCUUUUUCAUACAGAAGAACACUGUGAACUGGAAGGAGCGAACUCUCCUCAUUGAAGCUCACAAUGAGACCUUUGCCAAUCGUGUUGUUGUUCUUGAGACAUGCAGUUACUCGGUUCACCCGGAGAAUGAGGACUGGACAUGCUUCGAACAGUCUGCAUCCCUGGACAUCAAGUCAUUCUUUGGCUUUGAAAGCACUGUGGAGAAAAUAGCGAUGAAGCAGUAUACUGCCAACAUCAAGCGGGGCAAAGAAGUGAUUGAGCAUUAUUUAAAGGAACUGAUCUUUCAGGGAAUCACAUUCAUUCCCCGAUGGACACCUCCACCCGUGAGCAAGAAGGAGGAGAGGACCCUGACUGUUGGACGUGACCUUAACCUUGCGUCAGAGGAAUCCUGUGCUCAUGGAACUACCAAAGAGCAGACCUGCAGCUCCUGUCUGCCGGCGGAGGCAGCCAGCCCUGAUGCUGACAAACUGGAUGCUGAUUACAUUGAGCGGUACCUGGGACAGCUAACUCCAAUGCAGGAAAGCUGUUUGAUCCGACUGCGUCAGUGGCUGCAGGAAACGCACAAAGGAAAGAUCCCCAAAGACGAGCAUAUCCUUCGAUUCCUUAGGGCUCGUGACUUUAACAUUGACAAAGCACGGGACAUGCUCUGCCAGUCACUGACCUGGCGCAAACAGUACCAAGUGGACUACAUUCUGCAGACCUGGAGACCUCCACCCCUUCUGGAGGAGUAUUACACUGGAGGGUGGCAUUACCAGGACAGAGAUGGCCGCCCCCUAUACAUACUUCGCCUUGGGCAAAUGGAUACAAAAGGUUUGGUGAAGGCCCUGGGAGAAGAGUCACUCCUACGACAUGUACUGUCAAUUAAUGAGGAAGGACAAAAGAGGUGUGAGGAGAACACCAACCUUUUUGGCCGCCCUAUCACAUCCUGGACAUGUCUGGUGGAUUUAGAAGGGUUGAACAUGCGCCACCUCUGGCGGCCUGGUGUUAAAGCCCUUCUUAGGAUAAUUGAAGUUGUAGAGGACAAUUACCCUGAGACUCUGGGGAGGCUAUUGAUAGUGCGAGCACCCAGGGUUUUCCCUGUGCUAUGGACUCUGGUUAGUCCCUUUAUCAAUGAGAACACCAGACAGAAGUUCCUCAUUUACAGUGGCAAUAACUACCAGGGUCCCGGAGGGCUUGUAGACUACUUGGACAAAGAUGUGAUCCCAGACUUCCUUGGAGGAGAAUGCAUGUGUAAUGUCCCUGAAGGUGGGCUCGUCCCCAAGUCACUUUAUCAAACAGAUGAAGAACCAGAGAACUCUGAUCACAUCCGAUUGUGGACAGAAACCAUCUAUCACUCUGCAUGUGUUCUCAAAGGAGCUCCCCAUGAGAUAGUUGUGGAAAUCUUGGAGGGUGAAUCUGUGAUCACCUGGGACUUUGACAUCUUGAAGGGAGAUGUGGUGUUCAGCCUCUUCCACUCCAAGAGAGCGCCCCAGACCUAUCGCAAAGAAACUACCUUACCAAGUACUUCAGCUGCUGGGGACAAUGUGCAGCUGAUUGAUAAGUCUUGGGUUCUGGGGGUGGAUUACAGCCGUAUGGAAUCCCCGCUGGUUUGUCGGGAAGGAGAGAGCAUCCAGGGAUCUCAUGUGACCCGUUGGCCUGGCUUUUACAUUCUCCAAUGGAAAAUGCAUGGCCCUUUGCCCUGUACUGGCACCAGCCUUCCUCGUGUCGAUGAUGUUCUGGCCUCUCUGCAGGUUUCCAAUCACAAGUGUAAACUCAUGUACUACUAUGAAGUGCUUGCAUCCAAGGAUUUCAGGGGAUCCAUGUCAAGCCUGGAAUCUUGCAACAGUGGCUUCUCCCAGCUCAGCGGAGCUACCACAUCUUCCAACCAAUCCCAGAGUAGUUCCCACGUGUCCAGAUAGCACAGCCUCUGCCUCUGCAGAUUGCUGAGACUUUAUACUUGGAUUAGUUUGACUCCUCAAGAGCUGGUCUGUUGACCAAAGAACCUGCAAGUGAAUAGUCAUUCACAAGACCACAAGUGGCUGCAGUCACAGAGAAGUUUCUGAGAGCUGUUUGAAACCUUUUGUCAGUAAGAGACUGACUUUUAAAUCUGCAAACUGAAUUCCAUAGCAGAUGCCUGUUUAUCAAUUUUAUUUUAACAACUCUGUUUUGGGGUGAUUAUCAGUUUGCAUGAAUCUGUGUAUUACUGAGAUUUCAAGGGCUCUUUCCAAUCAGUCCUAUUUCUACCCAAGGUAGAGGAGACUGAUAUUGCCUUAUCUGUUAUGACCGUAGACUAGAUGAGUCAUGUGAAGCAAAACUAGUCUAGUUUUUCUGGGUGCCUACUGUACCGUUACACAUGACCAGGUAUGGUGGGUACUGGAGGAACAGGGAUUGGAAACAAGCUGUAAAUAUCUUAAUACAGGGUGGUAUGUUUUGGGGAUCACUUCCAAGCUAAUCCAAACCUGAGACCUCUCGCAAUGGAGUUGGAUGAUUAUGGAGAUGUUGCUAGGAGAUACCUUUUUUAAAAAUACAGUAAGACCCCAAAAUUGAAACAGUGUUUCCUGAAAAGCCCAAGCGGAGAACCUGCUUUUCUAGCAGGCAGCUUCUUUAAAGAUAGACACUGUCUAUUUUCUCUUUCCUCAGGUUUAAAAGCAAUAAUGAGUAGAUCUCUGACCAUCCCACACAGUGGGAGGGAAGUGAGUCGCACUAAAAGGGCUAAGAAAAGCAAUAUUUUAUUUCGUAAAGGCACAAAGUUUUAGAGCAGCACCACAGGGGUUGCUUCUCAAAACCAUGGGCUAACCUGGAGAAGAGAGGAACUCUCUUUUGUAAAGUGCGUUUGCGUAUUUAAACACAUAUUUAUUCAAAUUAUAGUCACUUGUUUAAACAUUUUUAACUUAUUUAUAAUUUCAG